AUGAUCAGCGCGACGAAGCGCAGUGCGAAGUCAGCUCUUGGACGUCGUGUGCGUAUUGCCACUGCUUCCCGAUACAUGAGCACCACGGCGCCACGCGUAGCAGUCCUAUACCAAGAACUCGAUCCGCCCUUGAUCAACGGGGUGCGCAAGCCCAAGAAGCCCGGAGCUGAGACGUUGAAGGUUGUAGGACAGCCUCCGAAGCUAGUCGAGCUGUGCGAUGACAAAGCGUUUGUCAACAAUCUCCUCCGUGCUCGGAGUGGGUUUACGCUGCCGUCUUCACACGACGUUCACGACCACGAAAGUCUUGCGGCAGUGCUCCGGACGGAUCUUCGCUAUCCUGUUGUCGGUGUUGCACCGUACAACGGCACAGUCGCUGUUUCCCAGAACUCUCGAUGUCUUUCGGAGAAGGAACACGCAUCCGAUCCAGAGUAUGGUGAGGUACAGCGACAGUGUGUUGAGGUGGCGAAGCUGCUUCAAUGUACUGCUCCUAUUCGAGUUGACGCUCGUCGGUUCACGGAGGAUAGAUCGUCACCGUUCGCUCUUUUUGAUGUCAACAUGAAACCGAACAUGACAGGUCCUGGUAGGCCUGGUAGAGAGAACCAAGCUAGCCUGACGGCACUGGCUGCUGCUGGUUUGGGAUGGGACUAUCCGACUCUGCUGUUGAAGAUCCUUGAGUCGAGCAGUUCGCUGCAUGAUCUGAGAAACGCUACACUGUCGCAUGUCAAUGGCAAGUGA